AUGAUGGCGAUGUCGAACUCAUCAGAAGACUGGGAUAGGAAUGAUGACAAGAACAUUGAUUCCAUUUCUUCAUCCGCUGGCUUGUUGAAUGAACUUCCCUCUAAAUCACGAGCGGCCUCAUUGCGGAAAUACAUCGAUCUUCGCCUGAUAUUCGAAGGAUUCCUCGUCUUUUGCCUCUUUAUUACUUUGGUGUCUAUUACGCACAAACCAAACAGAUCGAAUGCAGUUAAAGAAAGCAGCUACGGACCGACGCUACCACGAAAACCCGUCAUAUUCGGUAACACAGCAGGGUUUGGGCCGGACAUCCCUUACAACGAUCCUGAGAUGUUGCGGAAUUCUACCCGUAUGCGAGAGAUUCAUAGAAACUGGCAUACCCUAUUCCCGCCGGGCCGUGGCUACGUUAUCGUUUCGGAAAAUGAGGAGUUUGAGGUCCUUCAUCCCCCAUUCAAAAUGGACAAUGUCUUCGAGGAAGGCGAUCACUACGAAGGACACAUAAUGGCGGUCUACCACCAGCUACACUGUCUGUCUAUUAUUAUGACUGCUAUGGGAACUUCGCGGGAAGAAUGGGCGAUGCUUGAUAUACAAAAGCUUGAGCACCGCGCUCACUGCGUGGAAUAUCUUCGACAAAGCAUUUUAUGUUCGGCAGAUACAACUUUGGAAGGUGAGACUGGAGCAUGGGCUAGGAGUACAGGCUGGGGCCAGACACAUUCUUGUGUCGAUCUCGAUGCUUUGACAGCGUUCGCCAAUGAGAAAGCGAGUUGGAACCUGACUGAGAGAUUGCUACCGGACAGCUUUGAUCCUCUCAAGGUUACUGAGACCGGUGACAACCAUUGA